GAAAAGCUCGCGGCUGGUAAAAUUCACAGUGCCUUACCUAGUUGCAGGAAAACGGAACACGAAUGAAAUCGAAAGGCUAUCACUGAGUCAGCGUCUUAGCUUACGUUUAGUCUGUACCAGUUCACCUUGACAAUGAAAGUGAAUUGGACAAUGUGAACCAAGCUUUUGUAUAAAAACCGGAGCACAACUUCAGAAAUUAUUCAGUUGCCAGCAUAACCAGAAUAAACAUGUACGCUAAGUUGAUCAUCGCUCUUUGCGCUUUAGGCGUUGCCCACGGUAGCGUGCUGCACUCCGCCCCAGUGGCGUACAGCAGCCACGCCUACGCUGCUCCCGCGGCCGUCGUCUCCAGGACUAUCACCCCCGCAGUCAGCUCUGUGUCUUCCUACUCCAGCCAGACCUCUCACGGCUCUCCCGUCGCUACCUACGCCGCGGCUCCCGUCGCGACCUACGCUGCGGCUCCCGUCGCCACCUACGCCGCUGCUCCCGUGGCUACCUACGCCGCCGCUCCCGCCAUCAGCACCUACGCCGCUGCCCCCGCUGUAGUGACCAGGACCAUCUCUCCCGCCAGCACCUCCUACUCUUCCUACUCGACCUCCACCUCUCACGGUUCCCCCGUCGCGACUUACGCCGCCGCCGCUCCCGCCGUCGCCUACGCCGCUCCCGCCGUAGCCGUGUCCCGCACCAUCGCCCCCGCGGUGUCCUCUUACUCCGCCUACAACACCCAGACCGCUCACGGAGGUAUCGUCGGAGCCAGCUACGCUGCCCCCGCUCUGGCCUCAUACGCCAGGACCUACGCCGCCCCCGCCAUCGCAUCUUACGCCAGGACUUACUCCGCCCCGGCUGCGUACGCUAACUACGCUUCUCCUCUCGUCUCCACCUACGCCGCGGGCGCUCCCAUCCUCCGAUCAGCUGUGUCGUACUCCGCCGUACCCGCCGUGUCCAACAUUGCCUACAAUGCCCACGGUGCCAACUACGGCUGGUAAUCUGAAUCAAAAAAAAUUGUACCUGUAAAUAUUAUACGAAUAAAAUGACUUCUCGAUAAGUAAAGUUA